AUGAUGGAAACUCAACAACACCGUGGGAGGUCGUUGUCGGCCGGGCGCCAGUCUGACCCCCGUAUAAGACAUUCUCCAUCGCCACAAAAUCGUCAUAACCAAUCAUCGCCUUCAGGCCUCCCAACCACUUCUACAAACUUCACGUCUCAGGCUUUCGACUCGAACCUCUCCACUACAGCUGGGACUGGUCUACAGUACGGCUUGUCUCCCUCAUAUAUGAACGGGUCUGCUCUGCAACCGCAAUUUCAACAACACGUGCUACCCAGCAACGACUUCGGUGAUCAGAGGUUUGAGCAGUCAUAUCAGCAAAAUGGUCUAGAUCAAAGUUUUGGGCAAGACUCUUCACACAUCAACGGUCGACAAGAGGGUCAGUCAUAUCAAUCAGAUCCGCUUGGACUGGGAGCCAAUCUGUCCGACUACCGCCAACAAGACUUCGGCGUGAAGCAGGAACAGUCCUACGAACACAGCUUCAUACUAGACCCUCAAUUGGACCCGCCCCAGCAGAACCACAUAAACCCGGCAGACAUAAUGAGUAAUAUUUCCUCACCGCAAAUCAUGAACCCAACUCCGCCGAGCCUCAUGCCGCCAGAUGCACAUUCAUCAGGACCAGCUUCCCCAAUUACGAAUCAAGGCCAGCAAUGGUCUCCACAUCAUUCUCGACAUGCUUCGCUGGAUCCAUCCGCUGCCUUCACGAACGGGCACCAAUCGGCAGAAUGGUCGGGAAUGCUCACAGGAUCGCAAUUCCAGAACCACCGGAGGGCUCCAUCAGAGCAUUCCGAUGUUUCAUCUUCCGUUGCACCUUCACCUUACAUGGCACAGCAAGAUACUUUCGACACUUUCGACCAGAACCCAUCGCCAAUGUUGAACCCCCAGCAGGACGAACAGCUUUACCAAGGAGGCCUAGGCAUCGAGUCAUUUACCCUGUCAGAACCACAGCAGCGGAGGAAUAGUCCGAGACAUAGCCCUUUUGUGUCACCACGCAUGUCCCCUCAGCCUGGAAUGGGACUUGCCCAAGAAAACAAUUUCAUGCCUUUGUCCCAGGCAAAUAACAACUUCAAUGGAGGUCCUGGAUCGGAGUUGUACACCAACAAUCAAGCAGAAACUUUUCCUCCAUUCCAACACGAAGAGAGACUAGGUUCGAACGACAUGGGUCAGGCUGCUCAAAUGGUACCACCCGAGAUCAACGUUGAAUAUGCACCCACGACGCGUCAGCAAAGCUUCGAGCCUCCAAGAUAUGAGCAGCCUGACAUGGAUGCAUUGAGUCCUCCGGACAGAGGUCGAAAAGGGCGCAUGCGUGCCAAAUCAGAUACCAACCUAUAUUCACGCCCAGCGACUCCCAGCUCUUCGCACUCGACCUUGGGCUCCACCGACUCACACAUCGAUCAACGACAUCGAUCUCUCUCGCCAUAUGACAUGGGUUAUUCCCCUAGCGUUUCCAGCUCCAGAGAAACUUCGCCCGCACCUAGAUCACCGUCUCGCCGCUCGUCGACCUCUUCGAUCCCGAAUCGUGAUUACAUCCUCGAGCUUGCCGACCCGAGUCGACCACCGGCUUCUGGAACGGAAAAGCGGAUUCAAAAACAUCCUGCCACGUUCCAAUGCACCCUCUGCCCCAAGAAGUUUACUCGUGCUUACAAUCUCCGAUCGCAUCUUCGCACUCAUACGGACGAGCGACCAUUCGUAUGCACAGUCUGUGGCAAGGCUUUCGCUCGUCAACAUGAUCGCAAAAGGCAUGAGGGGUUGCACAGCGGAGAGAAGAAAUUUGUUUGCCGUGGUGAGCUUGGCACAGGCGGCAGCUGGGGAUGCGGCAGAAGAUUUGCUCGUGCGGACGCUCUCGGCAGGCAUUUCCGAAGCGAAGCCGGCAGAGUCUGCAUCAAGCCAUUGCUCGAUGAAGAGGCGAUGGAGCGACAGCGUGUAUUCGACGAGCAGAUGAUGAACCAGAGCAUGCAAGUUGGUGGUAUGGCGCCUCAGCCACCUAUGAACGGCAACCAGAACGGUGGCUUUGCUCUCCCCGCUGCACUGUUGUUGCAGUACCCGGCUUUGCAGGGUCUGCAGUGGGAUCAACUCGGUCAGCCUGGAGCUGGUGAGGAAGGAGAGAUUAGUGGUCGGAGCAGCUUUGAUGCCAGUAGCGGUGGGGAGUACUUUGAUGAGGCCGAGGAAGCUGGCUAUGUGAGUGGGCCUGGCACGGCAUACUCGACCAAUAACGGCUGGGAAGGGGAGCUGGGGAGGGGUUGGGCGAGCGAUUACGGAGAGUGA